AUGACUAUUCCCCAAGAGGUAGGAUCUGGUUUGGCUGGAAACCAGAUCACAAGAGCAACAAAAAAGUUUCACUUAGUUGCUGUCUAUGGUCUUCAUACUGUUAGAGAUAGGAAAGCCCUUUGGGUUCAAUUGCUUGCUAAGGCUGAAGAUAGGUGUAAUGGGAAUGAAGUUCAGGAAUCUGAAACAAUUGAUUUUAAUCAAUUCUUACUGGAGACCAAUCUAAUUGAAGCUCCUAAUACUGGUUUGUUCUACUCAUGGAGCAAUAAAGGGGAAGGAAGCAGUAGAAUUUGGAGCAGAAUUGACAAGGUUUUCUUGAAUGAUGAAAUGUUGCAGGAAUACCCUGAUCUCCUUGUUAAUUAUCUUCCUGAAGGCAUGUCUGAUCAUACACCUCUAUUGAUCAAAUAUGUUUGGCAGAAGAAUGUCAGGGGUGGUAAAUUGAAGCAGAUUUGGAGCAAUCUUAUAAGAGUUAAACAUGAAAUCAAAAGCCUUCACUCUAAUCAUUUUUCUCAAGCUCACAUUAAGAUAGCAGAUUGUCGAGCUAAGUUGGAUCAAGUCCAAAGACAUCCUUCUUUGAUAUAUGAUACUGAGAUACAGAAGAUUGAAAAAGAGAACAUUGAAACUCUUAGAUACUGGUCAAACAUUGAAACUAAGAUUCAUCAGGAGCUUGUGCAUUUUUAUCAGAACCUGCUGGGAACAAGGGCCAGGUAUCUGGAUGCUAUUGAUCUCCCUAUAGUGAGGAAAGGCCCUAUGCUGAGCUUAGAUGCUAAUAGAAGUUUGAUUGAGCCAGUUAGAGGAUAUGAAAUUGAUAAGGCUCUGGCAAGUAUAGGGGACAAUAAAGCACCUGGUGUGGAUGGUUUCAAUGCUUUGUUUUUCAAGAAAAUUUGGCAUCUGAUUAAUACUGAUAUCUACCAGGGAGUGCAGGAGUUUUUCCAAACCUCUGAAAUUUAUAAGCCUAUUAAUAUAACACUUAUCACUUUAAUCCCUAAAGUGAAUAAUGCUCUGCAUCCAAAAGACUACAGACCCAUUGCCUGCUGUACUAUGCUAUACAAAAUCAUUGCCAAGAUAUUAUCUAACAGACUUGGCAAUGUGAUAGCUGAUGUAAUCAAUCCUUCUCAAGCUGGAUUUAUCCCUGGAAGAUAUAUAGCUGAUAAUAUUCUGCUGGCAACUGAGCUGCUGAGAGGGUACUCAAUCAUAUAUAUCACCUAG